UUUCGGUGAAUAUUCUAUAAAAAUUGUAAUAAUUUGAUACCAUAAUUUGAGCAAUUGCUUAAAAAAUCAUAAUGAUAGAAUGACUACAUGGACAUAUAUUCUUAUAUUAGGUUUGGGCUAUUUCUGCAAUAAAGUAACAUUGUACAGGUAUCAUUUUGUCUGGUUGUGGUUAAUAGAAAUAUUCAUAUUUAGUAUGUUAGGUAAUGGAAAUUAAAUUGUAGGAACCAUCAUGUUUUAUGACAGAUGACUCUAAAGCUGAAAAAGCUGCAUUGGCAAAUGCUUAUCCACAAUCAAGACAACUUCUCUGUUUUUUCCAUGUUUUGCAAAAGGAAUGGAGGUGGUUAUGUGAAAAGAAAAAUGGAAUUCCAUUAGAGAGGCGACAGUUUUUGAUGAACUUGUUUCGUAAGGUUAUGUAUAGCGAAACAGAAGAUGAAUUGAAUAUGAUGAUACUGAACUUCAAACAGUCAUCUCAAGAUUUCCCUAAUUUUAUUAAUCGUUUUGAAAAAUUUUAUUUGAGAUCACACGAAUGGUUAUACGUUCACCGUAAAAACAUUAUCAUUAGGGGUAAUAACACCAACAAUUAUGCCGAAGCAUCUAUAAGAAUAUUAAAGGAUAUAAUUCUCCACCGAACAAAAGGAUACAAUUGUGUGGCUUUAGUAGAUUUUAUUUGUUUUGUCUGGGAAGAAUAUUUCAAAAUUAAAUUGUUGGAUUAUGCACAUGACAGGAGGAAUAGUAUUCGAAAUAACUAUUUAAAAUUAUGUUCAAGAAUGGUAUCUGUAAAUCCAAGCGAUUUGUGUGAUUUGGGAAAUAAUUUGUAUAAAAUAAGUAGCACCAAAGACUCCUCGGUGCACUAUACUAUUGAUGUAGAAGUAGGACUAUGUAGUUGCCCUUCUGGCAUAAAUGGAGCUUUUUGCAAGCAUCAGGCUUAUCUACAUAAGCAGUUGAAUAUACCUUUUGUAAAUGCUCCUGCAGUUACUUGUGAGGAACGUAAAUCUUUGGGAAAAUUAGCAUUAGGUCUCGAAUGUCCUAGCGAUGAUUGGUUUAUGGAUUUAACUCAUACGACUCAUUCCUGUAAUUCAGUUUCAAGUAGCCAAACGUUAGAAUCGGAUCAUGUUAAUCCGCAAGCAGCAUAUACGGAAGUAAUUCUUAGCAACUCGCCUGAUGAAGAAAAGCGAAACAAGGAUGAUGCCAUUUUACAGCUGUCAUUGGAAUUAGAUAGAGUUAAAGCACUUGCCAGUGAAGUACCUAGUACUUUGAUACAGAAGUUUACCAAGAAACUACAGAAAAUGAAAAAUUUCCAACAGUUAUACUCAGCACUUAACGUUCCAACCAAAACUUCGAUUAGGAAACAGUCAAAAAUUAAAGUUCAGCCUACAGCUAUAUCCAGAAGAAGGCCAGGAGUAACUCGUGGUAGUACUAGGAUACCAUCAGGAAGACCAUUCAGUGGCGUGAAGAAUAAAGUAAAAAGGAAGCAUAAUAUAAAAUUGAAUAUCUUGGCAAAUCAAUCGAAUGCUGUACUUCAUGGUCGUGCUCAUUAGUAUAAAUAAAAACUUUGACCUAAACAAGUUCUAAAUAAAUAUGGAAACAGUUCAUGGAGCACGUGAUUAGUAAAAAAUAAAUGGAUAUAUCAAAGAAGUUCAUAAAAAGUAAGUGGCAAAUGGACAUUACUACUUAGAUGUUACUAAUUUUUUUUUUUUAUAUGUAUUACACCAUCGAUGGCCAAACUUAAAACUCCAAUCCUGUUCUAUUAAAUGCACGGUGGUUGCAAAGAAUUCAGACUACUACCCCAAGAUACAAACCUUUUUCAUAUCGAAAAAAUGUAGAACACAGAAAAGACAUCAAAAAUAAAUAGUCUUGACAAUGGCACAUAAUAUUUUGUCCAAGCAUGGUAAAACCUAAUUUUAAUUUGAAUAAAGAAGAAACUAUGAGGCAGAACAUUUGGAAAAAAGUACUAUCUUUUUAGCACUCCAGAAGACAGUAGCAGAGGGACUACCGAAACGUCAGCGAGUUCAGGCCCAUUUC